CUUAGCGCGUGCAUAUAAAGACGGAUCCCAUAAGUAAACGUUCCUACCCACCCAAACUAGGUCAAUGCCCUUCUUAGAUUUCUUAAUUGUCCCGCCUCCAUCCCUGCGCGCGACAGCUGGUGCCUCCCCCCUGUUUUGGCUUGUAGAUUGAUGCAUACGAUACGAUAGGACGGGAAAAGGAGGAAACUUCCCACAUAGGCCUUAGCAUUAAGCCGCCCAGCUAUAGCGCGACGUCUUAAGAGUGAAGGUGAAGAGUGAGUGCCACCCCUUAUUCAUGAACCACCCCCCGGUUCCACUCUCGCUUCUCUUUCAAGUGCACCCCCGUACAAAACACACAUCCACAGCCACACACACACACACACACACACACACACACACAUUCUCUCUUUCUGUCUUUGCCGCGAGCCGCAGGUGUCGACGAGUUUGAGAGGUUGUUGUGUCGAUCUAUACCUAUUGUUUUGCAUCAUCCGCGAACCAGUCUUGUUCAGAGCGAAAAGGGGGCAGAGGAGAGAAAGAGCCGGUGAAUGUGAAAGUGAAAGUGAGAGGCAGGGGGGCAAAACUCAAAACGACCCCUGUAAAAGCGUUUGUUCUUUCAAGUCAACUUACUACAACCCGACUUUGUGAGCGAAGGACAUUACUUAUACAGCAUCUGAGGAAAGGGGGAAGGUACGGCCAACCUGUCAGGCACCAACCCAACCAGCUGUUGCACCUGCCAGCCGCCUCUGCUGUUUUCACCCGCUGGUUCCUGCCAUUCGAGACUUGCGCGACAAAACAACUGGCAUUUGAUGCAUCAGGUUGAACUGACGUCAAUUUCUCAGCACACGACACACGUUCAAUGUCCGCCCGCAGUAGGGUCUCGUUCUCAACUGCCAGCCAAUAUGGACCCUAAACGAGUCAACGAGUUUCUGCCAGCGUCGUCGGCCGCGGCGAUGACUUCAGAUCGGAUGGAUGCCCCGAUGGAGGACGACUUCGACGUGGCGCAGUACCGCGCCCUUAAGAAGGACAAGCAGGAGGAGCAGAAGCGCCUCGACCAUGAGCACGACCUUCGUCAUCGCCACCUGGAGGAGCAGGUGCACCAGGAGAACAGCCGCCUGUACGCGCAGCUGCAGCAGAGGGUCAACGAGAGCAUCCAGCGGGCCUUCAUAGAUCUCCAGCCAGCAAUCGCCACCACGAUUAACAGUCAGGUCAGCCUGAGGCUGGAGCAGCAGCGCCUGCGUGACGAGCAUGCGGCCAGCAGGAACACAAUCGAGCAGCGUUAUCACAACAAGAUCACGAGUCUCAUGGCCAUGCCCUCGGCUGCUCGAUCCGCAAUUCCAAGGGUCAACGGCAACAGCAGCAGCACGCCGUCGCACCCCCCGCCCAACGACACCCGAAUAGCAAGCACCGGCGGGACUCCUGCAACGCCAGCUUACCCGAGCAAUUCACCCGCACACCAGCACGCAAGCACACCAACUCCAUCACGUGGACCACCGCCUCAGGAACCCUCUCGUCCCGAGCCUGUAGCCCACCAAGUGCAGCAGCAGCAGCAGCGGCAACAACUGCAGCAGCAGCAGCAGCAGCAGCACCAUCAGCACCACCAGCACCAGCAGGAACUGCAACAGCACAGGCAGCAGCAGCAACAGAAGCAACAACAACAGCAGCAGCAGGGCCCGCCUCCUCGCCCCGACGCCCCGCCACAUCAUCACCAACAGCCAGUGGCACCACAGCGAAUCCUCCCAUCUGAGCCCUUGAAUCGACCGCCCGUGGCCGCUUCCCAGCGGAUGCCUCUUCCGGAAUCUAUGCCACAGCAACAGCCCAUGAUUCAGCAACGCAUGCCCCCAGAUGCCGUACACCAGCGGCCGCUACCCCACCACCACGUGCCUUUCGAGUCUCAUCCCCGCGAGCCUCGUCACCAGUUGCCCAGCAUGGCACAACCGCAGCCGCAGCCGCAGCCUCUGGCCAGCGACCCGGGCCCUGAGGCACUCCGUCAGAGCGUUCCGUCGCUUCCGAGCUCCAACUCUGUUCUGACAAGUCGUGGUUCUCAAGAUUCGGUUCUGACCCCACGCCAAGAUGUCAAGAGGAAAGCCGCUGACUCGCCAGCCAUGGAUGCCGCAAAUAGCGCUUUAAAGCGCCCACGCACCAGGGAUCGCCCUUUCGAGCAGGGUCAGGAUGGACCCUCUCCAGUCAAACGGAGUCCUCGUGCCCACCGACCGCCACCUGUGCAACCUGUGGGCAUGGAAAAGCGGGUUCAGCGCACAAUAAGCUUUGCGGAGGUCUACCAAGAUGGCAAGGCCCAGUUCAAACACCAGAUUUUCGAGUACAAGGCCGGCUCAGGGAACUGGUACAUCGUCAAGUGCGAUGAGCACGGCGUCCAUUUCAAGUUUGGCAACCCCGUCCACGGUGCGGCCAAGCACGUACACAGCCCUCAACAUGACAUGCAACCCAAGACGCACGAUCUGGCUAUCGAGAUCUGCGGAUACCUAGUCACCGACUGCAAUGCCGAGCUUGCAAAGCUCAACAAUGACGAGUACCAGCGCGCAGUGGCCCAGGAUGGGUACGAGCCAUAUAACCGGAAUCUGCUCACCAAGGAAGGGAGGCAGCGGACGGACAACCAUAAGAAGCAGCCCAAGACCGAACGAGAGGGUGGCGAGAUUCAUGUCAAUGGCGACGCUGCUGCUCACAGGCAGUACAAGCCCCGGGAGCCGAAACCGGCGACAGGUAUCACCCCGAUUAGGGAUUGUCACUUCUACCAAGGGCUGUGGCAGUCAAAUAAGAAAUGGUACUCUCUCGUCGUCUUGCCAAUACGACCGGACGGUAGCCUUCGAGAGGUUGGCUUGAAGGAGAGGUUCCAGGAGCUCCCGCUCAUGCAGACCGUCCCAAAGUGCUAUCGUGUCGACCGGGUCAGCCUGAUGAUUAAGGGAUGGCAGCCUGCGUACGAGGACGGCGAGGCAAAGGCAAAGAAGCGCGAGUACCCUGUCAUGUUCUUCGACAGGACUCCCUGGUCGCUGGGCUGGCUGCCCGCGCAGAAGCUGCAAGAGCUGGACCUGGACAACCCGCCUCAAGGUGUGGAUGUCAGCGGUCUGAGGAAGGCCCGGGAGUGGUUCGCAGUGAAGAUGAACAACCGGGCCAGUUGGGAAGAGCUGAAGCGACUAGGGCCUGGUGAGCCGCUUUCGGCGACUCCUGAGGGCGAGGCAGACUGGCUUGGCGAGCAAGGGCUGUCCCUCCGAUCUGCAGACAAGCCGGAUGACAAGAGCCCAACCUUCUUCGACAAGCACCACGGAAAGAGCCCCGGCUGCCGCGAUUCGCCCGGCACUGGCGAUGACUCGGACGACGACAGUGAUGAAGUGGAAGAGGACCCCAUGAAGAUGGAUAUCGGACCGAUCCCAGAUCCCAGCGCCAAAGACUCUAACUGGGUCGAAGGCUCGGAUUCAGAGAUGGAUAUCGAUGAUGAACCGCGGCCCAAGAGGGGUAGCCACGAUGCUAAAGACGGACCUAUUGUUGAAGCAAAGACAAAUGGCACCAAGGCGACGGAGGAACCGCCCAAGGAGGAGUCCGAUCGGGAGGCAUCCCAAAAGGACGAGCCCCGUAGCGAGGCUGGUCUGUCCAACAUUCUCUCGGAGCACGAACGGGUGAGGAAGAGUGCCCAGACGGCACAGGCAAAGGCAGCUGCCGCAGUUAGGGAAGCUGCAAGUCGCAGCAGGGCCGCUUCGGAGGUCGCUGACGACGGUCCUCAGCCCUCCGAGCCGGUGGCGCCGAAGCCACCUGCACCAGUACGGGCAGACACCGAUGCAGGCCCGCGACCACCGCAGCGGCCUGCCCUGGCUGAUCACCAGCGCUCGAGGUCAGACGGCACGUUCCCUGAACAGAGUGGGCUUGCGGCACCGGGCAUGGCCAAGGUUGUCGAGGGGAACUUGAACUUACCGCGGACACGUCCUUCAUGCCUGGGGACGGCUAAGCAUUCCAACCUCCAGAACAUCCUCAAUCCGGCUGGCAUGCGAGGUGAUGGACCACCCACUGAGAACGGCCUCGAUAGCUAUAAGCGAUUCGAUGCCCUCAUGGCCCAGAUGAGCAACGACACGACGCCCUUGCGACCUGCCUCAGUGCCGGUGCAGCCGAACGGCCACCACUUCCAACCGCCAGUACAGCCGACGAAACAAGCUGAUGCCGUGCAUCAUUCACCCUCCCUAUCGCACAUAUUAUCGCCCCCAAUGCAGUCGCCGCUGAUGGCCCCGCCUAGGAGUGCAUCCACCACGCCGGUGCCUGAUGGCUCGGGGCGCAGCACGCCGACGAUCAUGGUUCCCAGUAGCGGAGACCGGUGGCAAGCGGUCAGGACUUCUCUCGGCCCGGCACCACCCGGACGGACAGCAUCGUUCACGCCUCACGGCGGCGAUGUUCAGAAGCCGCGGCCUACCACACCUACUGUCACAGCGCGAGCCGAAACACCCGUCUCCGGGGGUGCGGACAGGAAGGAGAUCUUCGACGUGAGCCAGUUCCGCGACUCGGGCCGCGGGGUGCGGUGGUCACGCAGCAGCAGCCCCACGGCAGGAUACCUGCGCCUGGCUACCGACCCGGUGCGGGGUGUCGCGGAGGCGGUAGACGCGGCCGAGGCGGAAGCGGUGCCCGCGGGGAUCGAGCCCGCCAAGGUGUCGCGGAUCGAGCUGGAGACGGACCGGGACCGCCAGUGGGUUCAGCUGGUGCUCAAGGACCGCAGCGAGCAGGCCCUGGCGUUCGAGACGAAUUCGGCUAGCGGCCGGCUCCUCAACGCGAAGAUCCAGGGCCGCCGCUUCGUCAGCUGGGUCAGGAAAUGGAACCCUGAGGCGGAGCUGAGCAGCGGGGAAGGAUCUAGUCGGCGCUCGAGUGUUACAGAUGACCGCCGGUCUACCACGGCUGAGGCUCACUGAGGCGUGAGUCGCCCUCGGUCGCGCAUUUACAAGCUUUAUUCGCCUUUGUUUUUUCUCCUUUUCCUCAUCCCACGGAAGGAAUAGUUAUGUUGAGGUACUUUUGCCUUACGGGUUCUUCAGAUAUGGGACUAGCAAAGGAACUUGAAAAUACGUUUGCUGAUUGCGGAACACAGGGGGGAGGCUAUCUUUAUGGGACUCAUGCAUCUCGCUUUUCUUUGUUGGUUGUGGAGCGAACGAAGCCACACAAAUGUCCCGUUCAUUUACGGCAUACCUGACGGGGGGGACUGUGAAGUUAAUCGAGGACGGGGCUCAACUGAGCCCGCGGGCCAGGUACAUACUAAUUGAGGUGGAUGGGGCUCAGCAUGGCAUGGCAUGGCAUGGCAUGGACACCUGUUUUUGUCCUUUUUUUUGUUGGUUUUUGUUGCUGUCUGUUUUGGGGAAGCAAUUCGAUCGAUACCCAUUGCUGGAUUUGAACUGAGAGGGGGCGUUGCUUUUCCGCCCGAGAAAUAAAAAGCUUGAUGACUAUCUUAUCCUAUUGACUCGAGAUUCCUGGCUGGUUCUGGUGAUCUAUCUUUGGGUGUCGUGUCUGGGAUACGUAGGGUAUUUGAAGAAUAUCUGCCGUGAAUAAGCUACUAGGAUAUGUAUGUAAAUCUGAGAGACCUUGACUUAUUGGGCUCUGUUA